AUGGGUUUUUCCUCGCUGCUUUCGUCCAUUCUUCUUCUCCUCCUCUGGUACAGCAGCAGCAGCAGCUGCAUGAGCUUAUUGGCACAUUCACAAAAAUCAGGAGGAAGAAGAUCAAUUAAUGAAACGGAUGAUGGACUAGCCUUGUUGGCCAUCAAGGCUCGCAUAAUCAAAGAUCCCUUUCACGUUGUGAGCUCCUGGAAUGAAUCCGUCCCCUAUUGCGAGUGGCCAGGCGUUAUAUGUGGCGGUCGUCGGCAUCCAAACAGGGUCAGAGCCUUGCGUUUACAGUCCAAUGGGUUGGUGGGUUCCAUGGCUCCAGAAAUAGGAAACCUCAGUUUCCUACGAGAGAUUUCGCUCUACAACAACAGCUUCCAUGGUGAAAUCCCUGGUGAAGUAAGCUUUCUUUUCAGGCUUCGUUAUUUAAAACUAUACAACAAUUCAUUUGAAGGGGAAAUCCCACCCAACAUAUCAAAUUGUUCCAACCUUAUAAAUCUCGGUUUAGGUUCUAACAAUCUUGUGGGGAAAAUUCCAAUAGAAAUUAGUACCUUGUUGAAGCUUCAACGCUUAUCAUUCCAUAUGAACAGAUUGACGGGACAGAUCCCACCUUCCUUUGGGAAUCUUUCAUCAUCCCUUGACGGCAUUUCCGCAGGGGAGAAUGAUUUAAGUGGAAGUAUUCCAGAUUCCCUUGGCCAAUUGACAAGAUUAACAUUUCUCUCGUUUUAUGGAAAUAAGUUGUCUGGUAUUAUCCCUCCCACCAUAUAUAAUCUUUCCUCACUUGGUGUUUUUGAUGUUGGAAAUAAUCAACUUCAAGGGAGUCUUCCGCCAAAUUUAGGCUUCAGUCUUCUUAAUCUAUGGUACUUCACAAUUCAAGAAAACCAGUUUAAUGGAUCAAUUCCAAUUUCUGUGUCCAAUUUAUCGAAACUCGAAUUUUUUACAACUAGCAUAAACAAUCUUACUGGGAAAGUGGAUAUCCAUUUUGGAGGCCUAUCAAAACUCAAUUGGCUUUCAAUGUUCUCGAAUCAUUUGGGAAGUGGAGAGGCCGAUGACCUGAAUUUUGUCAACACAUUGACCAACUGUACUAGUUUAACACUUUUGGGGAUUGAGGAUAAUCGGUUUGGCGGCGUGCUCCCUAACUCCAUAGCAAACUUAUCGACUCAACUAGAAAUGCUCACAUUGGAAAAAAAUCAAAUAUCUGGAGAAAUCCCAGUGGGGAUAGGGAAUCUUGUAAGUUUACAACUCUUGGCCCUAUCUAGUAACUUAUUAGAAGGAAGUAUUCCUAAUUCAAUUGGGAGACUUCAAAUGCUUCAGAAACUCCAUUUAAAUGGAAAUAGAUUCAUAGGGCCAAUCCCUUCUUCUCUUGGAAACUUGACACUACUGAUUGAGCUCUAUUUAGAUCAUAAUCACUUGCAAGGAAAAUUACCUUCAAGUCUUGGUAAAUGCAAAUAUUUGUUACGCUUGGGCCUUUCAAAUAAUAGUUUUGAUGGUAUCAUUGCAAGAGAGAUAUUUGAUCUUUUCAUGUUAAUAGAGCUAAACCUGAGUAGAAAUUCUUUCUUUGGUUCUCUACCUUUGGAAACAGGUCAACUCACCAAUCUCGAAAUCCUAGAUGUUUCUGAGAACAUGUUGUCUGGAGAAAUCCCUAACACCCUUAGUACUUGUACAAGCCUAGAGCAUCUUUUUAUAGAUGGUAACUUAUUUAAAGGAUCUAUACCAUUGUCUUUGAGUUCUCUAAGAGCUCUUGAAGAUUUUGAUCUUUCACACAACAACUUCUCCGGUUUGAUCCCAAGAUAUUUGGGUACGUUUAAGUUUUUACAAAACUUAAAUUUAUCUUUUAAUCAUUUGGAGGGUGAGGUAUCAGUAGAUGGAGUCUUUAGAAAUUGGAGUGCAGUUUCAGUCAUUGGGAACAAUAAGCUUUGUGGAGGUAUACCAAAACUUCAUUUGCCAACAUGCCAAACUCAAAAGUCAAAAGAAGAUGGUAGGCAUCAUGUUUUCAAGCUGAUAGUCAUCAUAUGUGGUUGUGGGGACUCUCUAUGUUUGAUUUUUAUGAUUGUUUUUUUGUUUAUCUACCGGAGAAGAAAAGAAAAGAAAGAAUCCACUUUAUUUUCUAUAGGGGCUCGUCAUUUUAAGAUCUCUUAUGCCCAACUCCUUAAAGCUACCGAUGGAUUUUCUUCUACAAAUUUGAUUGAAGUGAGGAGUUUUGGUUCUGUGUACAAAGGAUUUCUCAAUCAUGGGGAAACUAUUGUUGCAAUAAAGGUCUUUAACAUUAGACAAAGAGAUGCUUCCAAGAGUUUCAUGGUUGAAUGUGAAUCCAUUAGAAACAUCCGACAUCGUAAUCUUGUAAAAAUCUUAACAUCUUGCUCAAGUAUAGAUUUUGAAGGCAAUGAUUUUAAGGCUUUAGUAUAUGAGUUCAUGCCCGGUGGGAAUUUGGAGAGUUGGUUACAUCCACAUGCAAAUGGCACACAAGAUGAACAAAUGCAUUUAAACCUCGUUCAAAGAUUAAAUAUUACCAUUGAUAUGGCAACUGCAUUGGAUUAUCUUCACCACCAUUGUCAUACGCAGAUUAUUCAUUGUGAUCUAAAGCCAAGCAAUAUUCUUCUGGAUGAUGAUCUAAUUGCACAUUUGGGUGAUUUUGGGAUAUCAAGAAUACUUUCAAAAGCAACAAGUAGAUCUCAAAAUCACACGAGCUCAAUCGGAAUAAAGGGAUCGAUUGGAUACAUUGCACCAAAGUAUGGUGCAGGUGUUGAUGUCUCAACGUGUGGUGAUGUCUACAGCUAUGGGAUACUCUUGUUAGAGAUGUUCACAAGAAAGCGGCCUACUCAUGAAAUGUUCAAAGAUAACUUUAAUCUUCAUCGUUGGGCUGAGAUGGCAUUGCAUGAUGGAAUGAUUGCUGUAAUUGAUCCAUCACUUCUCUCCAUGGAAGAAGAUGAAGAAGAUGCAACAACAACUGUGAUCAACAUCACUGGAAGCCGAAGGCGCAUGAAGGAUAGAGUGCAAGAGUGUCUUAAUUCAAUUAUUAGAAUUGGAGUUGCCUGCUCUGCUGAUUCACCAUGUGAUCGAAUGGACAUAAAUGAUGUCGUCAAAGAACUACAUCUGAUCAAGGAAAUUUAUCUUGGAGUUGGCACUCAUCGAGGAAGAUGAAUUAUAAUACGAACUAUGAACAUUGGUAAGCCGUCGUUUCCUUAAAAAAUUGAGUUUGUUGUACUUAUUGAUGAAGCUGAAACUUUUUUCUUCUAUUUGAGUUAGUUCUGAUUUUAAUCUUAAUAAU